UUCCCUGUUUUGUGAUUUUUUCUCUCUCUGUUUUUGACUAUUGUUUAUACAAGAAUAAAGCAGAACUGGAGUUCAAGCUGGAGGGGAGCGUCCGCUGUACAAUUCAAUAUCAGUUCCCAUAUUGGCUAUAAUUUGUGUUUUGGGAAAUUGCGCACCGAUUGUCAAAGGUUUGAGUCAUGGCAGAGGAGUGAGGCGCCUUUGCCAAAAUGCCUGUCAACUGGAAUAUAACUUUUUCACGGCGGUCCUAUGGAAUAUAGUCCGAUUUUACACAGUCUACAUGUUGUGCCAUCAUCCCACGUGAAAAACAAACUAUUUGUGUUGUGUAUAAUGCUGUCUCUUUGGGUGUAUAUGAUUUAUUGUUGUGUUGGCUACUGCUCUACUGUGCCAAACCAGACGUACGGCUCGGUGAGCAGACGCGAAAACGAUGCAGAAGUUGACAAUCAGGAGUCCUCUCUCGGGGCGUCCAGGGACUUGCUGAAUAACGAAAAUGAUUUGGACAGCAGAGGCGAAGAGUGGGAUGAAAUCAGAGGCGAGGCGAAGGCGUUGGAUGAUAAUGCCAUGUCAGGUUUCGUAAAUGAGUCGGAAAGUAAAAAGUUGCCCCAGGCGAUCAUCAUCGGGGUGAAGAAAGGAGGGACCAGGGCGCUGCUGGAGUUUCUGCGCCUGCAUCCAGACAUCAGAGCGGUGGGAGCGGAGCCGCACUUUUUCGACCGCAACUACGACAAGGGACUGGAGUGGUACAGAAGGGUGAAAGUGCCCUUUGACGAGGCCCAGCAGGAGUUCAUCAGAAAGACCAUUCAUUGGAACCUGGCCAAGAAAAGACUGAAACACUACACUUAA